GGAAACGCAUGAGGACAUAACUUUGGUGGAAACAUGUCUGCAGUGUCCUCUUUAAUACCGAGGUCGGCUUUCGGUUACGCCGCUGCAGGAGCUGGACUAUGUUUCCUUGGUUACUGCGCAUAUUUUGACUAUAAAAGAAGGAGUGACCCUGAUUUUAAAGAAAAAUUACGAGAAAGGCGAAGAAAGGCUAGACUGUCAAACAGUAAAAAGGCAACACAGGUCCCAUCGAUCAACAGUGGUAGCUAUGAAGACCUUCAGAAAUUUUUCCUUCAGGAAGUCCAGUUGGGUGAAGAGCUUUUGGCAUCAGGUGAUAUUGAGGGAGGAGUUGACCAUUUGAGUAGUGCUGUAGCCGUGUGUGGACAGCCACAACAGCUUUUACAGGUGUUACAAUCCACACUGCCUCCUCAGGUCUUCCAGCUGCUUGUACAGAAACUUCCUGUAGCAGGCCAGCGAGUGACCAUGUCGUCAGCUCCAAUGGGAAUGCCUGACAUGACCAUUGCUGAGGACGUUGAGUGAAUCUGAUGUAGUCAUGGGGCGGGAGGUUCAUCAUCUGUUGCCACGGGAUACUGGGACUUAUUUACAUCUACUGUUUACUCAUUAGCAGACAAUUAGUGUUAAAAACACUAUAUUCAUGGACACCAUUCCUCACAAGAUGUUGGACAAUGUCAUGCUGAAAAUUAAAAGACUUCUAUACAGUGUAGUUGGACUUGUGCUGAAAUAACACCAGUGGUGAUUUCAAGUGCUAGGUACAGACUCCGCUGAAACACUUUUAUCAGUAAAUCCUAUUAAUAAAUAGAUAAGUAACAUGUAUAGGUAAAUAUAUAAGUAGAUAAUAUCUGGAGCUUCUGGUCAGGGAAGCUACAAAUUAGGGCUUGUACCUUUGUGAUAUUUAAACCCAGUGUAUUCUGUCAAGCACAGAAAUAUGAUACCUUUGGCAUUUCUUUUUUCCACUUUUGCUGAAAAAUCCAGAAUUCAACAUUUGAUAGAUUUGACAACAUUUUUGAACUUAAUUUCUACUUUUGUUGCAAAACAAUUUUUGACUUUGGAUAUUCUUUAUCCAGAUUUUACAAGUAUGACUAUAAAACAUUUUCACAUGUUUGUGAGAAAUAGGAUAGUGUUCUUACGAGAAUCACACAGCACAUAAAUUCAUAAAUACAUUCAAUAGUGAAGGAAAGGUGGUAUUUUAUGUUUGAAUAAAAAUGUGAUAUUUUUGAAAAAUUGAAA